AUGGACUCCUACGGCGGCUACGGAGGUAACUCGUUCAGCGGCGGCGGCGGUGGUGGCUUCGUGCCCGGCGAGACAACCAGUCCCUCUGGAGGAAGGCAAGAAGGAAACAACACAACCCUCCGCCCCGUAACAAUCAAGCAAAUCCUCGACGCAACCCAGCCAUACCCCGAAGCAAACUACACGAUCGACGGGCAAGACGUCUCCUCAAUUGUCUUCAUCGGGCAAGUCCGCAACAUCAGCACACAAGCCACAAAUGUCACAUACAAGCUGGACGACGGAACCGGCGAGAUCGAAGCAAAGCAGUGGGUUACGCCGUCCGACGAGAUGGACACCACGGACGAUCUAGGUAAAGAGGGGAAAGACCGCAACGGCGUCGAGAUCAACGGGUACGCGAAGGUGUUUGGCAAGCUGAAGAGUCUGUUUGGGGACCGCAAGGUCAUUAACACGCAUUGUGUACGGCCGCUUACGGAUCUCAAUGAGCUGCAUUUUCACUUUCUGGAGGCCGCCGCUGUGCAUUUGUUUCAUACGCGCGGGGCGCCGGGGGGUGUUGGGGGUCCUGGGGGGAAGGUUGGUGGGGGUGGUGAUGCGGCGAUGGGUGGGUUGGAUGGUGCGGGCGGUGCAGGUGGUGGAGGUGGGAUGUUCCCGCCGAGUAUGUCUGCGACGGCGCGGAGGGUGCAUAACCUGCUUAAAACGGAGCCGCAGCAGAAUGAGGGUCUACAUGCGCAGUUUAUUGCGGCGAAGCUGGGUCUUCCUGCGCCGGAUGUGGUGCGGGCUGGCGAGGAGUUGAUUAAUGCGGGCAUGAUUUUCUCAACUGUUGAUGACCAGACGUGGGUUAUUCUGGAGUAUUAG